AUGGCGCUGGACCUUCCUGCGUGCGCCUCUGGGGCUUGCUUGGCUCUGGUAGUCAUUUUGUCAAUUCCGCAUGCUCUCCAACUGACCACCAAAUUCUCGACAGAGUAUCGUUAUGAUCCGCUCGACAGCAACUUGGAUGACAAUGAAAAUAUCACUUCAUCGAAGCCGCCCGCAGCUCUAGGCCAGCGGAUACUACUGGUUAUUGCAGCCGUUGCGGGAACCUUCGUGGCUCUUCCACUAUCCACCGACAGCAACCCUUCUGCUGACUCACAAUCACGAGUUGUACAGAUCCUGCAAUUCGCAUCCUGGGUGUUUGUACUCUGUCAAGAGCUUAUCCUCGUCACGCACGACCGCUGUCGAUCACGAUACGUGCUGGGCUGCUACAGUGCAUGGGCCUGUGUGGCUCUUGGUCUUGCAAUUACUGGCACUGAGGCAUGGAAAUGGCAACAGGGGACACUGCGACUGCUUAUGUCUCGGGAUGGCGCGGCUGUUAUCGUGAAAAUUGUCGCGACCUGCAUCUUAGCUCUGACGAACCUGAGCAUGCCCCAAGGUCCCACGCUUUAUCGCGACGGCAAGGCGAUCGAUCGGCGUGAUGCAGUCUCCUUUCUUAGUCGAUACAGCUAUGCAUGGGCGCGUCCCAUUUUAGCUUUUGCAGCACGGUACAAACGCCUGAACACCGAUGAUCUGCCGGUCGUGGGGAACGAGGUGCGCGCGCGGACACUCUAUGCGCGCUUCACCGCAGCCAGUUCGUCCACGAAGCUGUGGAAAAAAUGUCUCCGUAUCUAUUGGCGGACCAUGGUCUUCCAAAAGUUUGAGGAGCGCGACGCUGGUGCUAGCAAUCAAAUGCAGCUGUGGCUGAUGGCCGCCGGACUUGGGGCCUCAAUGAUGAUUUCGUCGUGGCUGACAUCACUGUUGGAUUGGAUUGUCGACUUGCAGUUGUCCCUGCCUAUCCAUGAGCAACUCUUUGCUGCCAUCACCAGGAAGGCGCUGCGCUUGAAAGACGUUGCGGUGCCAGCAGCACGCAGCGAUGGUGAAAGUGCCGCGUCGUGUAACGGAGACGAGGAUGAGGACGAGGUAGAGGACGGAGUGCCCAGGUCCAAACACUCUAUCCUGAAUCUCCUUGGGGUCGAUGUUGAAAGCAUCUCAGAAUUCGCCUCUUUUAACUACUUGGUGCUCAACUGUUUCCUCGAACUUACCAUCGCCAUCCUCUUCCUGGUCCGCUUGAUGGGAUGGAAGCCCACACUCAUGGGCUGUGGCAUCCCCGUUCUUCUGAUUCCGUUAUACUACAUUUUGAACGACAGAUACACUAAAGGCGAAGAGGCGCUCAUGGAGCACCGUGACCGGAAGUCUUCGGUACUUUCUGAAGCUGUCCGUGGGAUUCGACAGAUUAAAUUUAAUGCGUUGGAAGGCGAAUGGUAUAACAAAAUCAUGAAGCUGCGCGUGAAGGAGCUUAACCUUCAGCGGAAUGUCUACUGGCUUGAUCUCAUCCUCGUCGGUAUCUGGUCGUUUGUGCCUAUUUGCAUGAGUAUCAUCUCAUUGGUUGCCUACAUCUAUCUGAAUGGAGCCAUCUCUGCCUCCGUUGCAUUUACGGCCAUUGCUAUUUUUGAGAGCAUGCAGUUUACGCUAACAAUCCUGCCCGAGAUGUUAACCCAUUUUCUGGAUGCCUCUGUCAGCGCACGGCGUAUCGAGCGCUUCUUGGGUCUUGCUGACCAUCGAGAUGAUCGGCAGUCGGGUACAAUGAUAAGUUUCCAAAAUGCCACGGUCGCCUGGCCAUCAGACGAGUCCCAUGACGCUGAAGGCUUCUUUCGUCUAAGAAACAUGCACUGCGACAUCCCGACGGGGAGGCUCACUGUCAUCUCGGGUCGCAGCGGGUCCGGAAAGAGUCUCCUUUUGCAAACAAUCAUUGGCGAGGCCGACGUUCUCGAGGGCAUCGUUGUGGUACCACAGCCUUCCUCUGCGGAACACAACAAUCAACAGCAGUGGAUCAGAGAGGGACACAUGGCGUACGUGUCUCAAGAUCCUUGGAUAGAGAACAUGACCGUUCGGGAAGCAAUCUUAUUCGGACUCCCGUGGAACCCUAGCCGUUACCAUGAAGUGCUGGAAGCAUGCGGGCUCAAUCAAGACAUCCGGUCCUUUGCUGAUGGAGACAAAACGGAUAUCGGUGCCAACGGUAUCAACCUGAGUGGCGGCCAGAAAUGGCGCCUGGCCUUCGCGCGGGCGCUGUACAGCCGGGCGAGCAUCCUCGUGCUCGACGAUAUCUUUAGUGCCGUGGACUCGCACGUAGGCCGGCAUCUUUACGAACACGCGUUGACGGGGCGGCUGUGUGAAGGGCGGACAAGAAUUCUAGCCACACAUCAUGUCCAGCUAUGCUUGGGAGGUACAUCGUACAGUAUCGCCCUUGAAGGCGGACAGAUGGUACAUGCAGGUCCCCCUAGGGAUAGCUCCUUCGACACUGCAUCGGAUGAAGUCCCCCAUCGACCAAAGCAGGCUGAAGAUUCCGCUGCUCCGAUCAAUUUUUCAGCAGAGUCACCCCGUCAUAUGCGUCGAUUUUCAACUUCCAGUUCAACCAGCUUAGAGAGGGGCCGAUCAGGCCAUGACAUUUCCCAUUCGGAGUCCCGGCCAGAUCAUUAUUACGAGGAAGAAAAACGGGAAACUGGUGCCGUGAAGAUCCAGGUCUUCAAUACCUACAUUCAGGCAUGCGGGGGCUAUCCCCACUGGGGGCUAAUCCUGUUUUUCUUUGCCCUAACGCUAGUUAUCUAUUUGGCAGUUCCUUACUGGCUUUCCAUCUGGACGAGAGCAUAUGACGAGGGUUCCUCGACCCCUGUCCUCAUGGUGGAGAAUCAAUUGGAUAGCAUAUCUAUCCAAGACAAUGUGACCACCAGGCUACAUCGCGAUUCCCGGCUAAGCUUCUAUGUCAGCAUUUACGUGGGACUGUCACUGUCCUCAUGGUUGCUGGAGAUCAUUCGCUACCGAUUAGUGAUGCAGGGCUCUCUAAGAGCAUCCAAAGUACUGUUUGAACGCUUUACCAACGCCAUCCUCCGAGCACCCCUAUAUUUCCUGGAUACCACACCAGUGGGACGGAUCCUGAACCGAUUCACGGCAGACUUUGGCGUGCUGGAUUCGGACCUAGCGUCGAACCUGUCCCACCUCCUGCACAGCGGUAUAUUGGUGAUGGCAGCUAUUAUAGCGGCCCUUGUGAGCUCCUUGGCAAUUGUAGCCUUCGGAGCUCUAUCUCUCCUCGCCUCCUGGAGUGUGGCAUACUUGUACAUCACCGGUGCUCGUGAAGCUAAAAGAUUAGAGAGCACCGCCCGAUCGCCCAUUCUUGAGCAGGUCGGAUCCUCGCUGUCUGGUCUCGCGACUAUUCGUGCAUUUGGAAAGGAAGCAGAAUUCGUUGACCGGACGUUUGAUUUAAUCAAUACCCAUUGUCAGGCCCUGUGGCACCGGCGGCUUUUUAGCUCCUGGAUGUCCUUUUGGCUUAGUAUGGUGGGAACUUCUUUUGUUACUGCCGUUGCUAUCAUGUUUGUGGGCAUUCGAAGUUUAGAUGCGCCUCUCGCAGGAUUUGCACUCAGCUUUACCUUGGACAUGUCGGCGGAUAUCUCCUGGCUGCUGUCGCAGUAUGCACAACUCGAACUUGACUUCAACGCUGCCGAACGAGUCUUUGAAUAUACUCAACUGGAGACAGAGCCUCAGGCUGGUGCUCCUGUCCCUGCUGCGUGGCCCACCAAGGGCGAAAUUGAAGUCACCGACCUGUUUGUGCGCUAUGCACCUAACUUGCCCCCAGUGUUGAAGGGGCUCAGCUUCUCGGUGCGAGCAGGAGAACGCAUCGGCAUUGUCGGCCGGACGGGAGCCGGGAAAUCAUCGCUUUCCCUAGCCCUGCUGCGGUUCCUCGAGCCUCAAUCUGGAUCAAUCCAGAUUGACGGCGUGGAUCUGGCAAAGAUGCAACUACAUGACGUCCGCUCGCGAGUGGGUAUUAUCCCACAGGAUCCGGUAGUUUUCGCAGGGACCGUACGCGAAGUGCUGGAUCCAUUCAACCGACACGAUGAUGACGAGCUACGAGACGCAUUGCAGAACGUGGUAGGCGGCGACGACGACAACGACCACGGGAAUUCACCAACCCAAUUCGAAUCAACAAACGACAUCUUCUCCUUAUCGUCUUUUAUAGCCGAAGGAGGUCGGAACCUCUCGCAAGGCCAACGACAACUGCUGUGUCUGGCGCGCGCCAUUGUGUCCCGCCCUAAGAUCCUGAUUAUGGACGAGGCGACUGCAUCGGUGGAUAUGGAGUCGGAUGCUCGCAUCCAGCGGUCGAUCCGGCAGGAUAUCCGUGACUGCACAUUGCUGGUCAUUGCGCACAGACUGUCGACUAUUGCCGACUUUGAUCGCAUCCUGGUACUAGACCAAGGGACUGUGGCCGAGUUCGAUCGCCCGGCGGCGCUGAUGACCAAGGAGGGCGGGAUAUUUAAGGCGAUGGUGGAGCAGAGUGGGGAUAGGACUGCGAUUGAGCAGAUAAUUUUUGGACAAAUUUCUGAUGCUGAGUCUACUUGA